GCACAAAUAAUCAUGAAUAAUGACAUAGGAAAGUCAAACGAUGAUGUUCAGUUAUCAAUUGGUUCGGAUGAAAAUGAAAUGACUGGUAAAAACAGCAUGUAUUUAGCACAUGAUUUAACACAAGAACAAAAACGUACUGCUGAUGUUUUAGGAGAGAAUGUAUCAAAUGGAACUUGUGCUAAUAGUCGUAAUAUACAUUUUGUCGAUUUACAAUUAUCUACACCGGUAUUACAUGGACUACACGAUGCUGGAUUUAUUCGACCAUCACCUGUACAAGUUAAAGCUAUUCCUUUAGGUCGGUUAGGUAUGGAUUUAAUUGUUCAGGCUAAAUCUGGUACUGGUAAAACGGUUGUCUUUGCUGUAGUUAUUUUGGAAGCAAUCAAUGUAAAACGACCUACUAUACAAGCAAUUGUUUUGUCACCAACUCGGGAAAUUGCAUUUCAAUCACAAAUGGUUAUUGAACGAUUAGCCAGUCAUAUACCUGGUUUAAAAUGUCAUCUAUUUGUCGGUGGCUUACCCUUAGCUGAUGAUUUACGUCAUUUAUCCAACUGUCAUAUUGUUGUCGGUACACCAGGACGUGUCCGAUAUUUAUUAGAAGCUGGUUAUCUAUCUACUGAAAAUGUAAGACAAUUUGUAUUAGAUGAAGCUGAUCUACUUCUAUCCGGUGGUACAGAUGCUAAAUUAACUGGUGGUAGUGCAAACAAUGCAUUUCCAGCUGAUAUUAAUUACAUUUGGUGGAGUUUACCACAAUCUAAACAAGUAUUAGCUUUGUCAGCUACCUAUACGGAUUAUUUAGUCAAUGAACAUCUUCCACGUUAUAUGAAUGAUCCAGCAAUUAUACAAUUAGCUGUCAAAGAUCCAGCUUUAAUAGGUGUACGGCAAUUUUUCCAUCUUCUACAACCAACAACACGUGCUCCAAUUUCAGUAUUUGAUGCUAAAUUAAAAUUUCUAUGCAAAUUACUCAAUGCUACUGAAUUUCAACAAUGUUUAAUUUUUUCGAAUUUUCAUAAUAAUGCUCAAGAUUUAUGUGAUGCAUUGUGUUCACGUGGUUGGCCAGUUAGUUAUAUAUCUAGUAGUUUAGAACAAGGUGAACGUUUUCGUGCAUUCAAUAAAUUGCGUACAUUCCAGUGUCGUGUACUUAUUACCACAGAUUUAACUUCGCGUGGGAUCGAUGCGGAAAAUGUCAAUCUUGUAGUCAGUCUAGAAGUUCCCUGGGAGCAUGAAACUUAUGUACAUCGAGUGGGACGUGCUGGUAGAUUCGGAAGCUACGGAGCUUCUGUAGUUAUUGUUUCUGACGUAGGCGAUGAAUGUGAUCUAUUAAAAAAGUUACAAGCUAACUGUCAAACACAAAUUCGUGAAUUACCCGAUCCUAUACCAUCAGAUUUGGCAACACCGAAUUGCUCAAUUGAACUGGAUAAUUUAGUGACAGUAACAAAUCGUAUGAAUAGUAUUCAACCACGUGCAGUUAUGAAGAUGACUACACCAAAAAUAAAAAAAAAUCAAAUUAAUAGUACUAAUGACAGUAAACUACACAAUAAUUCAAACCAAUCAUCUAAUGAAUUAACAUCAUUAUUCUCUAAACAAAAUGAAGAGAAUGCUGAAAAGAAGAAAUUUAUUUCUACUAAUUUAACAAAUUCAAAAAAGAAACAAAUGAAAUCUAUCACAAACGAUAAUCAUUAUCAGUCAAUGAAUGAUCAAAAUGCUUUAAUUGUACAGUUAUCAAAAUACAUCGAUAUAAUAGAAUCUGAAACCGAUUCUGUAUCGCCAUUGGGUACUACUAUAGCUUGGGAAAAUAAAUCUGCACAGAAUGUGGAUGAAAUCGAGAAAAUUCUUCUAAAUUUACUCACUAGUUAUCAUAAAAAUGGUAUGCAGAUAUCGACUAGUUCAGAAAUUUCAAAAGAUGCGAACAGUGUUGAUAACCAGUUUAUUAACAAUUCUAAAGCUAAUCAGCAUCUUAAUCGACAUGAUCAUCAUGAAAGCGAUAUUAGUUAUACUACUCUAGAUGACGAUAGUAAUCACGACGAUUCUGUGAACGUUAAGAAUAUCAAACCGAAAAACUUCACAUCAUAUUUUAAGAAGUAUUCUCCCACAACAAAUGAUAUUCACUGGACUUCUAAACAAAUUUCAGCUUGGUAUGAAUAUCAUAAAUUAGUAGACUAUGCAAAUUAUUUUUAUAACGAAUGGUAUUCUGCUAUGAAAGAAUAUGAUCAAGCUGUGGCCCAUUUAAAUCAGUUGCGACAAUUACAACAUUGUACAGACUAACAAAAAGGAACUUUCAAAUAAUUCCUUCCACUGAACGUUCAGUUUCAGUCCGAGACUAACUGUAUGUUUAUUCGGUUUGUUAGAAUCCUUUAAUUAGUGAGGGGAAUACUUUGUAUAUUAUAUAUAUGAUGAUGAAAUAGAAUUUAAUACUGAAAAUAAAUCAGUGUUCCUUCCAGUCAUUAUCAACAGACAUUAUGAUAGUUAUUAUAAAUUAUAUUUGAAAUAAUCUCAGCGAUUGAAAUUUUAAAUAAUUCCAACGUUUCGUCCAGCUAACUUGUCUGGACUUCUUCAGGGUAAUAAUCAAAAUCAUCAAAGAAUUAUAUAGCUUUUUUAGCAAUCAUAACUGUACUUUGUUAAAACAAUCAAAUUUGGAAGUUGAUUUUUGUAACAUGGGAUAUAAUGAGUCAGUUAACUCCAAUUCCAUUUGAAAAAGAUUCAACUACAUGGAAAUAAUUACCUGUACAACAUCUAGUGUAUGUGUGUGUGUGAGUGUGUAAGUAUGUGUUAGAUUAAUUAUUGAUAUUCUGUGUUAUUAUGUUAUGUAUGGAAAUUUAUGUAUCAUUUGUACUCUUAAAUAUUGACAUGUACAUCAAUGAUUCAUUAACAAGUAUUUAACCUUGAACUUGAACUUUUAGUUAUUUUCUUAAAUUUCCAUACAUAACAUAAUAACACAGGUUCCUUCGAUAACAUAACUCGAAACCAAUCUUGGUGCUAUCAAUACAUUCAUUCUUUUCCCUUCUCUAAAUCCUGAAUUAAGUAAUUAUUAAGGACAGUUCAAGUUAUCUGGCUUUUGUUACUAUAUGUUGGCUCUUUCUUUGGAUAAUAACCUUGAUGACACUUUUCCAACUCAUUUCUACAAUGACCUUUGCUGUUUUCUAAUUAGUUUGAAUUGCUUCUAGUUUGCUCUCAUCCCCUCCAAGGUCAUUGCAGGUUAUUACAUAAGCUGAUUGGUCCCUUUACAAUUUUUUACUUCUGUUCCGAAUAUCAAGCUAUUCUAAAAGGCCCGUUUUGUCUGUCUUGGUGUGUAGACUACCAAUCCUGAUGUCUUAUUUUGUGUCAAGCACCAAAUGCAUUCGUGUCUCUCUCGUUCAUAAUCACGGAUUUACCGUAGUUUAACCAGAAACCUCAGUAGACACAAUUGCUUUUUUCAUUUAUUGAUUUAACAGUAACAUUCUUAAUUGUUACUCAUGAACUGC